AUGCAUCCUCAUCAGAUUCCAGAGGAAUCUAUACCAAUACCACAUGCCAACACAAAAACACAAAAAAUUAAAAAUAUAUUGACAAAUGAAGUGAUCUGGGGUGUAUUUCUGCUCCUAUGUUGUGCAUUGAUUCUUCUCAUUAUUUGGUUAGUCAACAGACCGGUAGAAUGGCAGUUGUUAAAAGAUCCCAAACAUGAACAAAUUUUAAUAUCAGUCAUUGCAGGUAUUUUUUCCGUACUAGCCUCAUUAAUGACAUUAGUUCAAGUCAUUGAUCAUUUCAUUCAUUAUACACAUCGACCAUCGCAAAAACGUGUUAUUCGUAUUCUAUUUAUGAUACCCAUCUAUGCAUUAACAGCAUGGCUUUCUUGUGUGUUUUUACAAUCAGCAAUUUACGCGGAAUUUAUCCAAGCGUGCUACGAAGCUUAUAUUAUUUAUUGUUUUCUCUUGCUAUUAACCAAGUAUUUAGGAGGACACAAAGGGGUAGAAGAAAUCAUCGCAAAUAAAAGUUUCAUUAAAUUACCAUUUCCAUUCAAUUGUUGUUGUACUGUUCCAGCAACACCAAGGUGGAUCUGGUACAUAAAAUGGGGUCUUCUGCAAUACGCGUGGAUUACACCAACUGUAUCUGGCAUUGCUGUGGUACUGAAUUUGGCUGGCGUCUACGAUAAUGGAAACUGGACUUUUUCUCGAGGAUAUCCAUACAUAACGUUUAUUAUAAACUUCAGUCAAAUAUUAGCAAUGUAUUGUUUAGUUACGUUUUAUAUGAAUACAAAAGAAGAACUGAAGCCGUUCAAGCCAUUACCUAAGUUUCUCGUUAUAAAAGCAAUUGUUUUUUUUACAUUUUGGCAAUCGGUAUUGAUGAGUGGAUUAGCUGCCAUACAUGUGUUGCGAAAUCAAAGUUGUGAUCCUAAUGUUAAUGUAAAUUGUAAUGGAUCAAUAAAUGGCUUCAGUGUUGAACAAGAAAAAAUUUUACUUUCAAGCGUUUUGAUUUGUGUAGAAAUGUUUUUUUUUUCCAUUGCACACCACUGGAUAUUUGGUGUUCAAGCGUACGCGGAUGGAACAUUCAAAAGCCUCAUGGAAUCAAGAUUUCAACAAAUAAAUAAUAGUCAAAAAGAUGAUAGAGUCGGCAGUGACAAUUUAUCGUCUGAAAAUAACGUUAAUUUUUUUAUACAAAAUUUUGUUACUCAUACAACAUUAGUCUUUAUGGAAAAGGUCUCAUCUGAUGGUGUGUGA